AUGAAUCCCCCAGAGGGAACCGACUCUCUGGACCUGAGCCAGUAUCUGGUCAUGCUCGGUUCGUUCCGCAUAGUCACUGACAACAACACAGUGGCGGAGAAAUCGGUGAAGGCGAUCGCGGACCACAACUCAGAGUUUCGUUUCGACUCUACGGCUCAUGAUAAUCAUAGCACUGACGCGUGGAUGGGCAGCAACCCGCGCGAGGAGCUGUGGGGUCCGUUCUUCGCGCUGCCGCUGGAAAAGAUGAGUAAGACGAGCAUGCCCAAGAACAACAGCGCCUACAUCCUCGGGUCGCUGGACCCGGAAGAGGCUGAGCUCGCGGGUAAGAGCCACCCGAAGCAGCGGGCCAAAGAUAAUUGCGCGUGCGACUUUGAGCUCGCUGAGAACAACCAGACGGGCAUCAGUCGGAAGACGAUCAGCAUCGACCUUUACCCGCAGCCCAAUGCCAACAAGCAGGUAAUGGUGCGCGUGGGCGUGCUGACCGAGAGGGUGAGGUACGCGACGCUAGACGCGGACCCGGACGCGGGCUGGUCGACGUCGCAUGCGGUAGAGAAGGGCAAACACUUCCCGGUGCCGCAAGACGGCUGCCUCCUCAUCACCAUCUCGCGGCUCCAGUUCCGCAUCACGUCCAAGUCCAAGUCCAAGCCGACGGCGACGUACCUGUACAUGGGGACCGGCGCCCCUACGAGCAUCCUCGCGAAGCCUCCCUCCCCCGUGUUGGAAGUUCAAGUGAACAAGGUGGUGGUAUAUUGCGCCCUAGCUCCAUUUCUCCCGUACUAUCCCAACGUGUACAACUUCGUAGAAGUGGCUGUCUACGCCGCCGAUGACUCUCGGUCGAAGCCGAAUAACCUGCCGUGGGCCAUCGGAGAUUUUGUCCCCGACAACACGGAGACGCUUGGCACCCUGCUCGACCUGGAGGCUGCCGGCGAGGACACGCUCGGGCCCAGGGAGCGGUUGUUCAUCUUUCAGCAGUUGUGCAGCGCUAUAUGCCAUGUGCACUCGCACGACAUGGCACACGGCGGGCUCACCAGCCGUGAGAUUCUCAUCAUCCCAGGGGCAGCCACAGAGAACCCCAUUACGGAAAAGGCGGACGACGAGGCUGUCGUCCAGACCGACCCCGUGUGCACCGUCAAGGUGUUUGGGUUCACCGUGUCGACCCUCAAGUACCGCAACGAGGAGGUGGUGAAGGCCCAGAAGGGCGACGCUGUCGAGCUCGGUCACCUGGGCGUGCGGCUGCUAGCCGGCUGCGAGAAACGCCUGCGCACACUGUCCUACAAAGACAAAGAUGCCUGGAUCGAAGCCAGCUACGGCGCAGACUAUCGCGUCCAGCCGCUGCUCGAGUACCUGAUUGGCGGCCGCCUUUCCUCGGAACAUGCCAAGGACUGGGCGUCGGGCAUCCUGAUCGACAAACCCGGCGUGAGCGCCCUGGCCAAGAGAAUGGAGCAGCGGUCCGCCAAGCGCAAGUGGACCGAGUCGCGCCUCGCCCCGCAGGAGUCAUCCAAGCGUCAACAUACGGCCCAGCCCAUGUCCGGCAGCACCGCCGUCGCCAAUGGCACGCGCGUGAUCAGAAUUCCAAAGAGGAAAAACGCUGCUGCGGCUCGUGCCGCUGCAAUGCUGAAACCCCAGACGGACCGAGUAGAGCGAGCAAGCGCGGCGCAGCUGCGUUGCGUCAAGCCGCUGUCGUCUAACCGAAAAAUCGUACGACCCCGGGCGGUUAGAGGCCAGAUACGAGUUAGCCGCGCUUCCAUUGCCAACUUGCGGGGCUCAGAAACCCACCCUCCGCUUCGGUCGUCGCUGAAAUCCGGAACAAGACAGGCUCGCGGCACUGUUGGGGCGUCUGUUGCGUGGCAAGAAGAUCUGAAACCGAGUUCUAGCAAGCUAGGCUCGCAGAAAGGCCUAGAGGAGGUCGCAUCGCCCAACGCACAGUCUCCAAAUGACCAAGCUGCCAGGAAGAGUGCUCAGCCUGUAGACUCUCUAAGCAGAUCCAGCGGAAACCUAGAGGUUGAGAAUUAUCAAACGGCCCUUUCUCACACCCGGGCCGCAAGACAAGAUUUUGUGGACCCGGUCGAUGAGGACGACGCCUUGUCGUUUGACCAAAAGUACGCGAGUGAGGAAGAACAAGCGCGGCAGGAUGCUGUUCCCCAUAAGCACGUCGAAGUAGACGACGGAACCACAGCCUCAGAAGCGAGCCUGAAUGACAAAGUCGCGGCGGAGCCGUCUGACCUUGAUCUGGCGCAGGACGACGCCUUGUCGUUUGAUCAAGUCUAUGCAAGCGAAGAAGAACAGGCGCGUCAGGACGCUAUUUCGCCUGAGGUCAUCGAAUGGGAAGAGGGAACCACAGAGUCAGAAUCGAGCCUGAACGGCGUAGACGGGGCGGAGCCGUCUGACCUUGAUCCGAUGGCGGCGUCAGAGGUGCAGUCGGGGCACACGUCGGCGAUCUUAGUCGGCAGCGAGGCCGACUCACACGACGAGGCCAAGCUCUCCUCGCAGCUGCGGCCGUACAUGUGGGGUAGCAGCCAGAACAAAGAGAGUGGCAAGGUCGAGGAUGAUGACGACGAGGUCGUGGAUGAUGAGGACUACGAGUUUGACCCCAUCGUCAGCGGGGCGAACAAGGACGUGCCUCUAGACUCCCAGUACGAUGAUGACCUACCCGACACACAGCCCUGGACCAACGAGCCCCCAGUCGCCGAAGGCGAAAAGCCCGGCGCGGUGUCUCAGCUGUUCGAGUUCGAGGAAUUGCAGCCGGCGGAUGAGGAGGCGCGCGAAGAAGACGAGUUGAGCGAUAGCCGCGCGGAGCAGCAGAUACAAGACCAAACCGCUGGUUGGAACUCGUGGUGGACGACGAAAUGGAUGAAUCGCGAGCGCAAGCUCGGCGGAAUUCGCGAGGAAAUGCAAUCCGCCGGGAAUCAGAGCCGGAGAGACGGGUUGUUGUCUGGCACGACGGCACACCAGAAGACGCACAAUUCGGGGUUGUGGUUGUUCCGGUAG